CUGUAAUGGCUGCUUCCCGGAAGGUGGUGUCACGUGUACUCUUUUAGUCUCAGCAUCCGGAGCUCCAAAAAGGGAAUAUUUCAAGUCAGAUAGAUUUUUAUCAAUACCGUUUCGUUGGAACCUUCAGUCUUCAAGAGCCCAAAAUCAUGACUUCAGUUUCAACACAAAUGCUUUUAGUCCUCAUUUCUUUGCUUUUGGUUCUGCCAGUCGUUGAAGCAGUAGAAGCCGGAGAUGCAAUCGCUCUCUUGUUAGGUGUGGUUCUCAGCAUUACAGGCAUUUGUGCUUGCCUUGGUGUGUAUGCAAGAAAGCGGAAUGGACAGAUGUAACUUUCAAGGGCCUCCUGAAUCAAACUUUGCCCUGGAAACUUCUGUGUUAUUGAGGUUAAGACUGGGUUUUAGUCUGUAAAUUUCCCAAUGAACAGUAAUGGUCUCAUAUUCUUAGUUGUUUCCCAUGAAAUACAAACAAAUAGAUGUUUGUUAAAUGGGAAAAAAAAAUGUUUAUAACAAAUAAUGUACUGAAAACUGCAGCCUAUAAAUUGUAUUUGCUGCUUAGAAAAAGGGUCAAAGAUGUGGGAUGGUGUAAAUUUACAGAAGUAGUAGUUGAUAGUUUCAGGAUUCUCAAAGCAUAUGAGAUAAGGAGGAAUCUCUUGCCCAGAAUCUAGCAAAUCUCCACUGUUGAGUUGUCAUCACUGCCUCCUGAAUCCUUAAGGAGUCUUUUUCUCCAUGUUUUUAUUGUAUGUUUGUUUUAUCUCCCAAGUUAAUAUUGUACUUAGAUAUCAAAUAGCCAAAAUUGAAACAUUUAUCCUUAGGGGGAAAAAUAGUUUGGAAAAAAUGUAUUCAAUGUUUCUAAUAUUGAAAUGGAGAAAAAGUUUAAUAUAAAAAAACCUUUAUAUUGAUAUUGGAAGAGAUUCAAUGUAAGCAAAACAAUCUUUGUAUUAAUUGAGUAACAUUCCAAUGGUGAGAAUUAUUAUAUUAAAUAUAAAUUCAUUAUGU